AUGCAGUCCAUGAACGUUCUCAUGGGCGCAGACCCAGCCCAUGACAAACUGCACCACUUUGAAACCUCCUGGUUAUUCUCCCCACUUGUCUUCGGAGUGCUACGUCUGAUCAUCUUUUUAUAUUGCCUGUUGGUCCUCAUAAUUGUAUCCGCAUUGGAGAGCUCCGUGGGUAGAGGGUUCCUUAACAGGCAAUCCUUCAGUUAUUUCACCUCCCUGGCGUUCAGUGGCGUUCAGUGGUACUUCCUCGUUUCUGGCGUGCAUUCGCUCCUCUAUGCCUUUAAAGGACGGUCUGUUCUGUUCGACAAGUGGCCCCGAUGGCUGCGCUCCUUGCAUAGCCUGUAUUACACCACUGUUGUGUGCUACCCUUUCGUGGUCUCGGCGAUAUAUUGGUCGAUCUCCAAACAUGCUCUCCCACCCUUCUUCGCUCUAUUUGAGAUUAUCUUCUCGACGGCACGUCCACCGCCAGUGUUCCAUCUUGUGUUGCUCUCCGUCAUCCUUCUCCUCUACUUGGGGAUCGCUUACAUCACCCACGCAACCCAAGGUUUCUGGGUAUACCCAUUCCUCAGGCCUCGCCGUGGCAGACAUGGGGCCAGUGUGGCAAGAUAUCUCGCCAUUAUCGCCGCAGUCCUCGUUCUCACCUUCGCGUUGGUAUGGGGCAUCAGUUUCAUUAGGAAGCGGCUGGUGGGCUCAAAGACGAAAUACGCCAAGACCGAUCCUGAGCAUUCGAAUGCAGCGCGCGAGGGCAGUGACCCAGAUACCGAGGCCGCUCAAGACGUCCUUGACACUAGUGUUGAAGAGACCAAGUGA